AAUAUUAAUAAUGCUAUUUUAGGUGGUGGCAAAUCCUGAGCAUUUUUGAUUACACAUGUAAAGAAAAAUGCGCUGGUUUCUUCUUUUUUCUCUGAGCUGACGGUUACCAUGUGUUAAUUGUUUUUUGAUAUGCCUUGUACUGUAGUUGCAUUUGCGUAGUGUUGUACUGCUGGUGUGUUUGUUAGGUUAAAUUAGUUUUUUUUUUUUUUUUUUUUUGUGAUGGGUAAAUCUUUAAAUUUUUUUUGGUUAAUUACUAUCUGUAUUGAUGUGUUUAACAGUGUUGAGCUAGUGUUUUUUGAUUAGGGUUGUUUAUUUAGUAUGCAUCUAAUCAGAUACAUACAUUUAAAAAAAUACAAAUACAUUUUUUUUUUAUUAUUAAUUACUAUUUGUAUAGCGUGUUUAACAGUGUUUUUUUUAUUUAUUUUUAUUAUUACUAGCAUUGGGAUUUAUUUUUGAGGAUUUUUAUUUAGUAUGCAUCUGUAAUUAGAUGUAUAUAUUUUAUAAACACAUCUUUUAAAUAUGGCUGGUAAAAGAGUACGUUCAGAUGAUGAUCUACAUAGCUGUUCAUUGGAGUAUGAACAGAGACCUUCUGCAAGAGCUAGAUAUGAUGAUGAUGAUGAUGAUGAUGAUGAAAUGGUUAUAGUUGAGCGGUUGCAGGGAAUACUUAAUCAGCAGAUUGAGGCCUUUGGUCCAGACUAUGUAAAUCUAGCAGAUAGAUUAGAGAGUUUUGUACAAACUCAAAGGUCUAAUGACGAACAGCAUGGGAUGAUUUUAAACAAAAACAUGUCUGAGAUAGUAUAAAAUAUGGCAUUACAGAAUCUAAUAACCACAGAGGCUGAAAUGUUAGACUCAACUGAUCCUGAUCUAUGUGAAAGAUUAGAACAAUUGAUCCAGACACAUGCCUAUGAUUCUGAACAGAUAGGCACUGGCUUAUUAGAUUCUGUAAUGUCAGAUUCCACAGGUCCCUUUGCAGGUUUAAGUCAGAAUGAUGUUGACAGACUUGCGCGAGAUGGCGGUGUUGUAGAAGGAUACACUAUAGUACCAAGACCACAUUUUAAUGGUUUAGAGUUACAUAGAGAUCUCAAUCUGAGAGAAAUUUCAUCCCCCAAUUUAGCUGCAUACACUAUAUUUGUGCAAAAUGUGUUGUCAGAGAUGGUGUCAUUUUCCAGACAGAUUGCAGGUCAGGGUGGGUUUAUUAACAUUAGCUUGAGAGGUCCUAGUCUAAGACGCGAUGUGAAUGCUGUACUGUCCCCUGGUAAUGAUUACAAUGAGCAGGUUUUUGUAGACCAGUUUGAAGUUGUAAUGCAGAGUAAUGAAGGUGUGAUGGCCGAUGAUUCUUUACAAUUACAUGCCAGAAGUAAGAGUGGCGGGGUUCGUAGGAAGAUUACAGAUAUCGCCCAUGAUGAUGUGAUUAAGAGGAAGAAGAUGCAUUUAUUUUGUCCAAACAAUGUUGGAACAAAUCUAUGCUUUCCUAUUUGUUUAGCCCAUUUUCUUGAACCACAAACACCACACCAGGAGUUAGAAGGAAGGGCUAUGACCAUACAGAAUGCUGCCGGUUUCACAUCGCAGAGCCUUAUAGGUUUUAAUAAUGUAGCGAAGUUUGAAAAGGUCUUAAACAUAAAAAUUGUGGUUUUCCACAGAUCUAGUGAGGGUCGAUUAGAAAAGUAUGAAACGCAUGAAAAGCCGCAUCCCAAAACUGUGUUUCUAUAUCUCCAUGAUAGUCAUUACUACAUGAUAAAUGAUUAUAGAUUAUGUGUGUGAGUACUGCUAUACAGGAUCUAAAAUAGACAGAAUCAUUAAUAUGAAUUUGCAUGUUCUGUCUGCAAUGACAGUGAAUGUCACAAACAACCCAAAAACACAAUUCAUUGUCCCGACUGUUUGCGAUUUUGUAAAUCACAAUACUGUUUUAACGCUCAUAAACGGUCAGUUGGUGGUAACGUGUCGGGUAGAUCCCUUUGCGAUACUAUUAAAUAAUGCAGUAAAUGCAGUAGACGAUAUUACAUCGCCUCAAGCAAUCCACAACCCCACAAAUGUCCUGCCGAUUUUUGUCUGCAUUGCGGUGAUAAUGUAAGUCAUGGAGGGGCUCAUGAAUGCUUCAUACAGCCUACACAACCUAAAGAGUUUGACACCCGUUACAUCUAUUAUGAUUUUGAUGGAAAAACGGAAAACAUGUUGCGAAUUACGCUUCUGCCAUGACUUUUGAUGGGAAGAAAUAUGAAUUUAGGGGUGAAGACUGUGUGAAACAACUCGUCGAUAAAUUCAGGCAGCCCAAAUUUAAAAAUUACACACUUGUAGCACACAUGCUUUAGGCUUUGAUAAUUUUUUAAUACUGGGGUAUUUUUGCAAAGUAUGUCUUAAACUUAAGGUUCUCAUGCAAGGCUGUAUACUACUCUCCAUGGUUGAUGAGAUGACCAAGCAACGGUACAUUGACAGCUAUUCAUUUUUGCCUAUGGCUUUAGCGAAGACAUCUGCAGCGUUAAAUCUGACCACAGCUGAGAAGGGCUACUUUCCCCAUCUUUUCAAUAGGCUGGAGAAUCAGAGCUAUGUAGGUCCAUACCCCGCUUAGCAUUACUAUGGUUAUGACAACAUGAUAGACAGUGCUAGGACAAAAUUUGACCAGUGGUACGAUACUCUUGCAGGAAAGAUCUUCGACUUCAGGAAAGAGAUUGGGUUGUAUUGUAUGAAUGAUGUGGUUUUACUACGUGAAGCAUGCAUGAAAUAUAGAGAGGAGUUCAUACAGUGUACGCAGAUCGACCCUUUUAGCUACACCACCUUGGCAUCAUGUUGCAUGGGUGUGUUUAAGACACACUUCCUCAAGCUUAACACAAUCCUUGACUCACAAUAAUGCAUACGUACACCAACACAAGACAUUCUCGAAUGAUCGAUCGAAUGGCUUGAAUAUGUGAAAAAGACCCGAGGGGUGGAUAUCCACUACGCCCUUAACCAUGGUGAGAUGAAGUUUGGAUCAUAUUAUGUAGACUGUUAUUAUGAGAAAGAUGGUGUGAGAAAGGCUCUUGAUUUUGCAGAUUGUUUUUUACAUGGUCAUUUCUGUUCGUUACAGAGCUGACAUAUAUAAAUAUAUAAAUAUCAUAUAUAAAAUAUAUUUGAAUUUAUAUAAAUACAUUCCUCUUUUUAUCCCUUUCGCACGUACGAUCACACACUCACACGUGUGAUUAGAACGGUCAGUGCAUCACGAGAUCAACUGCUAAAUUCAAAUGUGCUUCCGUGUUGGCUGGCACUGAGCCAGAGACAGGAGCUCGGAGCUGUCAUAUAUCACAACUUUUCAGCGUUUUCAGCCACAUAAUGUUUAUUUUAGGUUUCAGACAUAAAAGUACUAAAAAAACAAUACAUUUAGAGUUUGUAAAAUACACACUGAUGUCAAAGGAAGAGGAAAUAAUAAUCCUUUCCAUUAUAGUUAGUUUUAUUCAUAUCAGAUACACAUUGUGUAAGUAACUUUAAAGUUUACUCUAUUCUUCUCCCAGUUCACCUGCCAUUUACUUUUAUAUAUUUUGGGAGAAGUGGAUGAAUUCACGUCUUGUAAAUCCAACAGAUCUGAUUUGAACUGCGUCUGCGGCGGCCGUCGUGCAUAUAGCUCAACUAACGAGAUCGUUAUAAAGAUGUUUAAACGACAAAACACUUCCACUUGCAUAUAUUUGACAAUCGGAAUAUCAGAUAUUUCAUGCCAUAUCAAACAAAUUUGUGAAUAUUUUGAAUAAAAAAGGUUAAAUGACAUAAAAGCAGAUCAUCAUUCAUUUAGCUCUGUUGUUGCUGCAGUGUGUCACGUGACAAGCAAUGACGCGUUACCAUGGAAACCAUAAAGUGACACAUUAAUAACGGUCGCUUUGAAAAACUCACGCUGGGGGGUCAGCCAGAAUAUUUUAAACUUGUAUUGGGCGACCCACCUCUUAUGGUUUUAUGGAAUUUGUGUCUCUGAUUAAUUAUUUUGUGAAUUACUUUGCAAACCUGUGUUUUUAAAGGUGCUAUACAGUUGCUAUAAAGUUGUUAUUAUUAUUGUUAUUGUUAUUUACAGUUCGUAUUAUGCUCUGUUCAUUACUGUCCUGUCUAAAUAAACAGGACAUUUGCAUUUACAUUUGGGUUAUGCAGUGUUUUAAAAUUAUAUUUUACACUGGGGUGCCUUGAGAUUUUAUGCACUUUUGAAAGGUGCCCUGAUUGAAAAAAGUUUGAGAAAGGCUGAUCUAGACACAGUGGUUAUGUGGGAAUGCCAGUGGGCUAGUCUUAAGCAAACAGACCCUCAUGUAAUUGAUUUUAUGUCUACUUAUUCAGCACCAGAGAGACUGAAACCUCGCGAUUCCCUUUUUGGUGGAAGGACCAAUGCGUACAAGUUGUACCACAAAACUGUUGAUGCCCAUGCUCGACUAGAGUUGUAUGAUCUGAUGGACAAGCUGGGGGAUAGGCUUCUCUACAGCGAUACUGAUAGUGUCAUCUUUGUGUCUAGAGAAGGAGACUGGGAACCUCCACUAGGUCCAUAUCUAGGUGAACUGAC